GCACAUGGAGGAGUUAAGGGAAUGGUGUACGGCAGAUCAGGCCAUGUUCGGAUCCUUCUGCCUGAUGCCAGCAUCCGGGUGAUCAACAUCACUGAUCCUGACAAUCCAGAGUACAUUAAACAUGAUGUUACCUCGAGUUCGGAAGGAGAUUAUUUCAGACUUCUCGGACCAGGGAAGUACUCGAUCGGUGCCACAGAACCCGGAUACGAACCCAUGUUCACAAACAUUACUAUUGAGAAGUUGCCUGAUGUGAGAGAUGGGACAUUCGCGGAAGCCCAAAGAGCCGAUUUUUUCCUCGUGAAAACUCCCCAUGACAGCAGAUUUGGUGCUAUCAGGCCCUUGUUUGAUGAUGGAGAAAUCGAUCUAAAACAACUGGAAACCCUUGUUGAUGCUGUUGACAGAGAGAAUUCAGUUUAUACAAAAGGAUUCGAAGAAGACAUGGACGAAGACGAGGAAUGA